AUGGCUCACGGUAUCAAGAUCGAUCCUGCAAUUGAGCGUUGGGCCCACCUUCGUGAAAACACCCACCUUUACUUUGCUUGGAACAAGAGAACCACUAGACGCUCGCUUUUCUGGCUCGCUGCUGUGCCCGUUGGCUUGACCUACCUUGCCUACAAGACUCAGGGCGUGUGGGACUUUGCUGCUUCUCAAACCAAGGCUGAAAUGUGGAAGGAAGAUAAGAAGGAAGCUUCGCAGUAG